GAUAAGCCAUGCAUCCAAGCUAGCCAUGCGAUGCCGAUGCUGGCUGCCAAUGCUCAUCACAUCACUCGGCUUCAGCCGUAUCUUUUCAAUUGUUGCCUUGAGCAUGGCUUAUCUCACCAACGGGUGCUUCUUAUAAGAGAGCUUGUCCACUCGAUACCCAACAACUUAAGUACCAACCAUUGCAUCCAACAAGUGACAGGAUUCCAACUCAUCUAGUGAUCUUCCUUCGGUGUUUCAAAGGCCAACCAACUCUGAGCCUCCCAACAUAUCACAUUCGCUACUCGCCUUUCCCGUCUGGCUAUUAAUAAAUCGUCACUUUUAAGGAAACUUUUGUUGGAAUUGGGCCUCGGGUCGAUCGAUAUAAGAACAACGAGACCCUUCACCUUGUCACACACAAGUAACCGAACAUCCAUUCGUUGAUAUCAUAUCGGAAAUAAAAAAGUCCAACGAUCCGACAACACCACAAUUCAAACAAACAAUGUACUUCUCAACAUCCUUGUCGGCCUUCGCAGUCAUGAUUCUCUCGGCCUCCACAUUCGUUGCAGCGACACCUAUCCCAUGCACAGACGUAAGUACCACCAACCUCACCUUUGCCCCCAUUUUCUCCCAACCAAAUCUAACAUUCAAUCAGGCAACAAGAGACGCCAUAUUAAUGGGCCAAAUGGCACCAUCAGCAUGUUGUGUCGAAGGACUAUGUCUAGGAAACGGAAACUCGGCAGCAAGAUUCGCAUCACGAAAUGCAUAA